AAAAUUAGUGUGACGUGUCCAUAACUUUUGCACAGCCGGCAGCCACAGCUCAGGGCGCCCAGGCCAGGCCAGCUUGCGCUGCUGCAGAAGCUCAAUUACUUGGGAUUCAGUGUCAGUGCUAUUUUUUUAAUGUCAUGUGUCGUCGACAAAGCUCUAGCUCUCCCAUAUCCUCAUGGAUGCCAUCUCACUGUUGAGAAGGUUUCUUGUCUUGUUAAUGUUGGAACUUAAUUAAAAUUCUAACUAAAAACUAAACUUAAGUAAAGUCAAGACUACAGUAAAGUCAAAAUGGGGGAUAUUGAUACACAAUUACAAACGAGUGUAUUGGAGCUUGUGAAAAGUGAUGUUCUUGCAGCAGAUCUGAGAUGGAGCUUAUUUAUUGGAGCAUUGGACAGCUACCGGCAUGACAGUGUUCUGAGGCCGUAUCCACCGGGCCCUCAUCUACUUACACCAGACGGGGAAAAGGAUUUUAGCGCAUUGAAAUCUGUUGCUGGGCAGAUCCCUAACAUGAAGAUGUUAUCAGAGGGAAGAGGAUUGAGUGGUAUGCAGCAAGAGGAAUGGGACCUUCUAAAGUGGGUCCUGGAACCAAACGUCUUUUCCGUGAAAUCAGUAGAUGUAGAAAAAAAGUACCGUGCUAUUCAAGAUUUGACCGGUGCGGCAAGCUACGAGGUGAAACCAAGCUUUAUCUUUGAAGUGGAGUACCAUUCUGCUGCAGGUGACAGGUUCAAGACCCUGAGUGAAGAGUACGAUGUACUGUAUGCCUACCAUGGCAGUAGAUGGGAUAACUUUCAUUCCAUCACAAGCAAUGGCCUUCAUGCACAUAUGAGCAAGAACACUCUGUAUGGUGAGGGCACCUAUUUAUCCAGUGACCUGGCAGUAUCCUUGCCGUACAGCCCAGCGGGAAGGGGCUGGACCCGGAGUCUAAUCGGUAGCACUCUGAGCUGUGUUGCUGUAUGUGCAAUGCUGGAUCAUCCCGAUGUCAAAUGCCAGGUCAAAGAUACCCAGAGCAAUCCGUCCCCUUCAAGAUCUCACGCUCCAGACAGUUUAGGCGGAGCUGUGCCUGAGAGAUAUUACGUAGUGACAAAUAGUGAAACAGUCCAAAUCAAGUACUUACUCAUCUUUGCUGACAAAAAGGUGUCCCAAGGGUCAUCUACAAGAGUGUCGCAUCGUCAGAGAUGGAUACGAGAACAUCUCUUCUCUCUACUCCUAGUUGGAUACAUUAUAGUGCUCGUCUUAGUUAGUUUUGUUAACUCCAGAUCGUUUCAAAGUAUGUGGCGACGAUAUGUUAAUUCUUGAUGAAGGCCUAUGUGUAUAGCGU